AAAGCCCAAAUGUUAUCUCUCUAACUCUCACUCCCUCGUUCUCCCUCAACUCUGUCAACGGUCUGCAGCAAUCUCCGCCACCACCGCUACGAACCCUUCCGCCUCCAUCUCCACUCCACCGCCCACCACCGCUGGAUCCGACGGCCGCCCCUCCAUAUGCAUGCAAACCCUUACCCAUCUCCCAUUCCGGAAUGGCGCCAUCUCGUCCGCCGCCCGUUGCUGCGCCUCCUCCCGUACGGCCGCCGCCUCCGCCAUUGCCGCCGCCCCGCUCGACCGUCAGCACCAGAACCACCGCCUCCUCCUCAGCGAAUCGCUCACCUCAGUCGCCCAUUCUCCAGCUUCUCCAUCUCCCAUUCCCGAGCUCCUCUCCAUUCUCUCCUCCCCGAACUGGCAGAAGAACCCAGCGUUGAGAACCCUGAUCCCCUCCAUCACCCCUUCCCAUGUCUCUUCCCUCUUCGCCUUCAACGUUGACCCUCAGACCGCCCUUGGGUUCUUCAAUUGGAUCGCCCAGCGGCCCGGGUUCAAGCACAACGUCCAGUCUCAUUCAUCUCUUCUCGCCAUUCUCAUUCCCAAUAACUUUCUUGGCGUUGCCGAGAAGGUUAGGCUUUCCAUGAUCAAAUGCUGUGAUUCGGUCGAUGACGCUCGGUUCUUGCUGGAUUUUGUGCUGAGCAUGAAUCGUGAUAGUGGGUUAAAGUUCAAGCUCACUGUUAGAUGCUAUAAUACAUUGUUGAUGUCAUUGUCAAGGUUCCUUAUGAUCGAUGAAAUGAAGAAAGUGUACAUAGAGAUGCUAGACGAGAAGGUUUCGCCGAACAUUUAUACGUUUAAUACGAUGAUUAAUGCCUACUGUAAGCUGGGGAAGGUGGCGGAGGCUGAGGUUUAUGUGAGGAAGAUUUUCCAGGCUGGGUUGAGUCCCGACACGUUUACAUAUACUUCUCUGAUUUUGGGAUGUUGCCGGAACCGAGAUGUAGAUGGUGCCUACGGGGUGUUUGUGCAAAUGCCCCAAAAGGGUUGUCGAAGAAAUGAGGUUUCGUACACCAAUCUUCUUCAUGGCCUUUGCGAGGCUAAGCGGGUUGAUGAGGCUCUUAAAUUGUUUUCUCAGAUGGGUGAAGAUAAUUGUUUUCCCACGGUUCGCACUUACACAGUUUUGAUAUGGGGUUUGUGCGGAUCGAAUAGGAGGUCAGAGGCAAUGGAUCUUUUUGAGGAGAUGCCCAAGAGGGGCUGCCAGCCUAAUCUUCAUACUUAUACCGUGCUUAUGGAUAGCAUGUGUAAAGAUAACAAGGUUGAUGAAGCACGGAGAAUGUUAGAUGGGUUGUUGGAGAAGGGAUUGGUCCCUAAUGUGGUCACAUACAAUGCUUUAAUGGAUGGGUAUUGCAAGGAAGGAAGGAUGGAUGAUGCUUUGGAAGUUUUGGCUUUGCUGGAGUCAAAUAGUUGCAGCCCGAAUGCUCGGACAUACAAUGAAUUGAUAUGUGGGUAUUCUCGGAUUAAAAACCUGCACAAGGCUAUGGCCCUGCUUGAUCGGAUGAUUGAGCGCAAGCUGUCCCCAGACCUAAUGACAUAUAAUUCAUUAAUCCAUGGUCAGUGUAAAUUAGGUGAGCUAGAUACUGCUUAUAGGCUGCUCGAUAUGAUGGAGGAAAGUGGCCUUGCUCCUGAUCAGUGGACAUAUGGCUUUUUAAUAGACACCCUCUGCAAGAAAAGCAGAGUUCAAGAAGCCCAUGAUUUAUUUGAAUCUCUACCCAAGAAAGGUGUUAAGGCAAAUGAAGUGAUGUAUACAGCUCUAAUUGAUGGGUGCUGCAAAGCUGGGAAACUCGAAGAUGCCAAGAAUUUAGUGAAUAGGAUGCUUGAAGAGGGAUGUCUUCCGAAUUCUUGUACUUAUAAUGCCUUGAUAGAUGGUCUCUGCAAAGAGGGAAAGAUGGAAGAGGCACUUAAUAUGGUUGAAAAGGUGACGAAGGAUUUGAAACCCACAGUCCACACCUAUACAAUUAUGAUUAAGCAAAUGCUUGCUGAAGGGGAUUUUGACCAUGCCCAAAAGGUUUUCGAGCAAAUGGUUUCUUCAGGACUGCAACCUGAUGUAUUCACCUACACCACAUUCUUGCAUGCUUAUUGCAUCCAAGGGAGAGUAAAAGAGGCAGAACAUGUGAUGGAUAAGAUGAAGAAAGAAGGGAUCGUGCCAGACUCGCUUACUUACACCUUAUUAAUUGAUGCGUAUGGGCGCUUAGGAUUGCUUCCUUGUGCUUUUGAUGUCUUAAAGCGAAUGUUCGCUGCUGGUUGUGUGCCUUCUCACCAUACUUAUUCAUUUCUACUGAAGCAUAUUUUGAUCGAGAAACAAGUGAAGGAAAAUGGGAUUGCUGUUGGAUUAGGAUCAGUAUCAAACAUUAAGACAACCAUUGAUCUGGAUGAUGUUUGGAACACUGUAGAAUUCCCAUCUGUCUUGGAACUUUUUGACAAGAUGUCCGAACAUGGGUGUUAUCCUGAUUUGAAUACUUACACAAAGCUCAUUAUUGGAUUUUGUAAUAAGGGGCGCCUGGAAAUUGCGUUUCAAGUGUUUGGUCAUAUGGAAGAGAGAGGAAUAACUCCCAAUGAGAAGACCUACAUCUCCCUUAUUAAUUGUUGCUGCGCUCAGAGAUUGUUGGGUGAAGCCAUGAAACUCAUGGAUGGUAUGAUCGAACAGGGCCUUCUACCUCAGCUAGAGUCAUACAAGCUUCUUCUUUGUGGUCUUUAUGAUGAGGAAGAAAAUGACAAGGCUAAAGAAGCUUUCUGCUCUCUGCUGGAGCAUGGGUAUAAUCACGAUGAGGUGGCAUGGAAGCUUCUAGUUGACGGGCUACUUAAGAGAGGUUUUGUUGACAGAUGCUCUGAGCUGCUAGGUAUUAUGGAGAAAAAAGGAUUCCAACCUCAUCCUAAAACAUAUUCAAUGUUGAUUGAGGGACUGGACAGUACUUGAUUUUGAGUUUAAUACUCAACUGUAUCUUGUCUGAGUUCCUGGGACGACGGCCAAUGAGACAUUUGGCUCUACUGUAUGAGGGACUGUUGUGUAAAUGGAUAUGAGACUUUCCUGUCCACAUGAUGAGGACCAACAUAUUCUGUUGGUAGCUUUAUAUCUGUGAAGGAAAUGCAAUACUUCUUUUGUCCUCCCAGUAUUUUAGCAUGAUGACCGAGCCUAUGAGUACAGUCAUCAUUAGCAGGCUGGAAUUUGCCGAUAUCAUAAAAAAUUGGACAUCUGGUGCAGAUCUAUUAUGAGUGGAGUACAUUCCUGGAAGACCAAGCAAUGGAUUCCUGGAGAUGGCAAUGAUCUAUACUGAAAAUUUUUGGUGUACAAGGUACUGCAUGUCGCUGUUGUCAAGCAAAUAGGCAUGUGCUCUAUCUGUAUGUGGACAUUACAAGUGCUUCUAGCUGUUAGCAAAGUGUAUUUGCUCUUCCAUUAUGUUCCAGAGUUCCAUAUUGAAUCUCUGUGAUUCUCGGUUGCUGUUCCAGUAUGGCUGCUUUCACGUGUUACGCAGUAGUGGUCCCCCAUUUGUCCCUCCAACUAUAUUCAUCAAGCAAGGGCUUGCUUCAUUUGUAUGUCUCACUUGAACUUUCUGUCCUACUUGUCUUCAUUUGCGGGCAGCUUUCUUUAAUUUGUUUAAUCAGGUCAGAUCACUUUUUAAGUAACUCGAUUCAAUGAUCUGAGGAUACGGAGUGCUGAUUGAAGGGAUCUUCUCCAAUUGAUCUCAGCUCUUGUUCAGUACAAGGAAUUUCUGGAUGAUUUUGAGAGCAAUGCAGCAGCCACGCAGAGGUUGCCCGCAGCCUCACUGUCAGCAUUCGAUAACAGUGCUGGACACCUGUAAAAAUCAUCCUCUUGUUCAGUACAAGGAAUUUCUGGAUGAUUUUGAGAGCAAUGCAGCAGCCACGCAGAGGUUGCCCGCAGCCUCACUGUCAGCAUUCGAUAACAGUGCUGGACACCUGUAAAAAUCAUCCUCUUGAGGUUAUGCAGGAGCUCUGGCUUUAGUUUCUCAAAAUGUGGUGAAUCCUCAUCUUCCUCAACGGUCUUUCAGGUGAGAGAGCCCUACACUUUGUUCAUCCCCUUUCAGUGAAUCUUUCCUCAAGGAGGGACUUCUAAUGAUAAGAAAUUGCAUUCAUUCCGGGCCUAUAUCUCUGCACAGAGAUUGUUGCGAGGAGCUUCUCAAUCGACUGUUUGAUACUCUGAGCUGGAUAAUGACUGAAUUUUCUGUUUCUAUUCGCAAAAUGCAAGAAAAAUAACAGGUGCUACAACCUAGAUUCAAGUCGAGUACUGCAGUUUAGAAAUGCGAUGACAUAUUUCUGAUGUUCUUGAUUCAAUCUUCUGAUGAUUGGUGGAAUAAUUCAUGUAGGUAUUAGAGUUAAUCAUCGAAAUGCGGCGUCAUAUUUGAUCUUUCCUGUAAUCUUGCGAGGAUGUUGGAGUUCUUUAUUCGUGAUUUAUGAGAUCACUCAGGUGUUCCUAUCUAUCUGGAACAAACAACAAAUCUCCAUAGGCUGACUUGGGUUUAUUGUCUUGAUCAGCUUGAGUCACAUAACUUCAGCAGCAGAUGCUGACUUCUUCAAAUCGUCAGUAAGAAGGCAUGGUCAGUUGGAGAAAGUGAACCGAAUCGAGGAAUGUUGUUGACCCCUCGCAGGGAUCAUCUUAAAUUUGUCUGAUGCCUGUGGAAAGGGACAGCUAAGGAGCCAAAACGAUGUCGUGAAUGUGUUUGCGAGCAUGGACUGCUCCAACUCAGUCCCACCGUGGGUCUCACUAUCUGUUGUAGUACCUGUACAGCUCUUGCUUCGUCGUUCAGGUUCCUGGUCAAUUCCUAUAGCUGGGAUGGCACUGGCAGGACAAAAAAGGAAUAAUCUAUAUCUAUGGUACCAGAUGAAGCAAGAGCUUAAUAUCUCUUUUUAAACGAGACAAUGUAGGUGCAGGUCAUUAGUAAACUCAAAACGAUGAAAAUCACAUCAAAUGAGAUCUAAUAUAAGAAAAUAAAAAAUUUAAUAAAGGGACGCGAGUAGUUCUACUAUGGACGAAUUUGAAACUAUUAGAUUAUCGGGCGAGUAAAUGUGCCGAUGUGCUAUAACCCUUUUCUCUUUUUAUUAUAUAAAGCCAAUUUAUUCUUUUA